AAGGGCUUGUUAUCAUGGUAAUAUCCUGUUUUAAAAGAAGUUGAAGAUGGUCAUAAUCUGACUUCUUGACUGUACUCUUUCAAGCUAUCCACAUUAAUGGAAAUGCUCAAACUGUUAAGUACCCUCCACCUCUGCUAACUUGUCCCAAUAAGGGCUUACAUAAAACUAACAUUCCAAAUAAAAACAAUUACUAUCGGAGCACAAAGAGGUUGCAUAUGUACGGCCUAGGAAUCCUUGAUCGAAAAUAGCAAGGAGUAUCAUACCUCGGAAAGGAGUUCGUCUACAUCUUCAUUUAGUUUUCAACUAACCUCUUUUGCACCAUCCCCUUCACCUGUCCUCCAUCGACAUCGGAGUUGACUUAACGUUUUUGACAAGUACCUACCAUAUGAUUUUGAAAUAUAUUUUACAAAUAAUUUUGUACAUUUAAUAUCUUACGAUAUAACUUUAAAUUAAACUUAGAACUACUUUAAAACCACUUUAUUUUUCAGUAAUAGGGACUUGGUGGCUUAUAUUAGUGCAGCAACCAGAAGUUGUCCUGGCAUAACCUCAAAAUCUCAUCUUCAAUGUCCACAUUGCGCAGAAAAGGUUAUGAGCAAGUUCUAGAAGAUGUCCAGGGUCUGAGCUAACAUUGUGGAGCAAGGACCUUUAAUUUGGAAAGUUGUUAGUUCAAACUGCAGGAUCUAUCAAAAUCUUGCAUUCUUUUGCUGAAUCCAGAAAAUCUAGAAGAUACUACUUUCGGAAUAUCAAAUUCUGCGAAAGCUGAACGACUACUCUUAGGAUUUAAGCUUCGGAAUUUUAGCCAUUGAUCAAAAUUCAGUGAGAGGUACCAAAAUCGGCCAAUGAUGAACGUCCUCCGGUCUAUGUUUGGAGUUUGCAGCAGCUCAGCUGAGAAGGGAGAGGUCCACGACACUAUAAGGAGAGUAUUUGGCCAUGAUAUGGUGAUGAAAGACAACACAGACAGAUAUAACCAGAGAAGUAAAUACGUAAGUCAUAUACGAGAGAACUUAGGCAAGAUGCUGGACGCGAAGGUCACGAACUUCAAAACUAAACAAAACAAGAAACAUGCGCCACCUGCACCAGAAACUACAGAUACAACUGACGAUCGGCCUGGGAGAAUAGGACCAAAAAUCGUCGUGUUUGACGCUUCCACAGGCACAGGACGUCUCGUCCUAGUGGGUGACGAGCGAGUGAGUGUCCAAGGUCUGUCCAGCUUUGCCACCAUCAGAGCGACGGCCUGCGUCUUCGGAGGCAGGUGGAUGUACGAAGUGCAGCUAGGAACUAAGGGGAUUAUGCAGAUCGGUUGGUGCACCGCAUCCUGCAUAUUCUCAAUGGACACGGGAGUGGGGGACACAGCCCAUUCGUACGCGUACGAUGGUGGCAGGGUCAGGAAGUGGAAUGUAGCCACCUCACCAUACGGACAGGCCUGGCUGCCUGGUGACGUCAUCGGAUCCUGUAUAGACUUGGACAGGGGAACGUUGGAGUUUUACAGGAAUGGCAUAUCAAUGAGCAUGGCGUUCGACAAGGUGACUCACGGUGCCGGGCUGGCAUACUUCCCAGCUGUGUCUCUGGCUAUGCAGGAACACUUAUACGCCAAUUUCGGGCACGUGCCGUUUGUGUUCCCUGUAGAUGGUUUCGCACCUCUACAGGCAGCGCCAACCCGGGAGUGCUCCCGCGCCACUCUGCUGUUCAAGUCUCUGGACGCGCUCCUGGAUGAACUGGCUCGACCCACUGACCUGAAGACCUCGCUCACUGCUAAGAGCAGCAAGAAGCCACUACUAUCUGCAAAACGACUAGCUACUAAUAUAAAAACUACUUUCAACCAGGCUAAGUCGGAAUCGUCCAAGACUGCUGAAGAGGAGGUGGCGAUAAGGAUCCACAGCUCAGGGUCUGUGUACAGUCCACGGGACUCCCCGCAUUCGAUCGUCGAUGCUCAGAAUGCUGAGACUAAGAAAAUGUCCAAAAGGGCAUUCCUCAUGUCUCUAUCAAGACUGGUGGUGGUGGAACUGGGAGGAGUACUCCGGCUGUCGUACGUGGUGGUGGCGGAGCUGCUGCCGCGUCUCCGAGGGCUGAUCGGCCUGAAGAGCAGGAGUCUGCAUGCGGACCAACACGCCAUCGACUUCUAUAUGAAGUGCAGGGACGAGAACUUUGCCGGCCUCGCAGCCAAGCUCCUGUCUCAACCCAACACUAGACUCUGCACGAUGCUGGACCUGCUCUGGACCUUCCUGGACGAGUCGGCCCUGUGUGACGUACUAGAACAUUGUGUUGUCAGGGAAUGUCUGCUAUUUGACUUGGUUUCUCAGGACAUGUUCUUUAACCAUCAAAUGGAGGGAGUGUUCGUGCUGUGCGGGCUGAUGCAGCAUCGGGAGACCAGGCAUCAUCUCGUCAAAUAUGUAUUCUUCAAUAAAAUCACGUUCGACAAUUUCCUGAACGUGAAAUGCCCGGACGACACCGUAUUACGGACGGUCAUCAGGAAGCCGUGGUGGCAGCGACCCACGUCCGUGCAAGGAGAGACUGAUCCAAGGAUAGCAGAAAUGGCCGAAAAGGGGACCAUCAAACGCUCGCCAUUCGCACCGACCGGUACAGAUAAAAUAUCGAAGCUGAUGCCGUCCACUCAAGAUGAUGCGACAGUGGAGGCUCAGUACAGAGAGGACUGCAGCAAGAUCACGAAAGCUGUCGCACCCUUGGAACAAGUACAGUUAGAAUUUCUUCUACUGCUUCUUGACAACUCAGACGGCACAAACAUGGUGCCGUCCACUCGGAAGAUAUUCCUUGAGAAGUUCAGGAGGUACAUCAUGGAUAACUGCAUCCUCGAUAUGGAGGCCAUAUUUCAGCGGCUGUUCAACAUCUCCCGUAACUCUCCCGCCAUCUCUUGGUGCUGCCACUCCAGACUACUGACCGCCGUGCUCAGACUGUGGAACGAAAACCCGAUCGGCACACCACAUGCAACGCCCCAUGUACCAGCUCGGACAUUUAUAGAUGGAGAACUAGAUUUCUAUAACGUGGACCGUUUGGGUGGAGUCCUACCUUUUCUGGUUAGGACUUUGAGGCAAGACUUGGUUAACGUGUUGGGCGAGGACAACCCCUUCAUACAGAGCUUUGAACCGAAUUACAAUCGCGCGGGCGGUAUUGACACAGACUACUUUUGGAAUUUCCCAGGUGUGAGUGACAUGGCUGCCGGCUCCCCUGGCUUGGCCACACUACCUCAAGUCAUAUCCUCGAUGGCCAGGUUCAUGCAUCCGCCGAUGCCGCCUAUGCCUAAUAGGACUACAGGAGAGACAGCGCUAGCGCUAAAAGGCACUCGCUCCAUGAUGCCAGGAGCUGGGUCCAUCGACAUCAGGUCCGCGUACCUCAGGCUGGUGGACGGACUACUAGCGCUAUACCACGGAGCUGCCAUCAAACAUGCUGAGAAGCUCUGUGAACUGCGUGACAACCAACUGGACAUGGCUGACUGCCUGCACGACAUAGAGCAUCGUAUAUACACCGUCACAGCUGAACUACAGGCCGGCGGUUCCGAUGUAAACACCGCGUCGUCAGAGCAAGAAAAGAUAAAAAAGCAACUUAUGGAAAACAUGCUGAAGGAGCUGGAGAGAUCGAAAUCUGUUUACGAAGAGAAGUUGGAAGCAGGUGCUUUGCAAAUGGCGUGGGUGAUCGGUGCCAUCUGGACGAAGCAGCGGCAGUCGGAGCUGGCGAAACACUUCUCGGGGACGCUGCAUUCGCUCAGACUCUCAUCAGACCCUGAGUAUGCGACUCACGUUCAGUACGCACAGGUGCAGAGCAAAGAGAUCCUGCCCGGCAAGAGCUCGCUCCUCGGCGGCACCAGCUACGCCUCGCUGCAGCUGGAGUACACUUCCAGCUCAGAUCAAAGUCCUCAAAGCCCAACAUCAAGAGCAGCGACACCUCGCACGGGAUCCAAUUCACAGAUAGGAACCUCGAAUCACACAGGUGGCCAAGAAUUUGCAGAGUCUCUGUUCGCCUUCGUGCCGGAGUACCACGUGGACGCCAUGCUGGAGCUGUGCAACACGCUGCGACUGUACAUGCAUCCCACGAUCCCCGUGCAGCAGAUACCAGAAUGGGAAGAGCUGGUGGUAUCCUGUGCUGCGUUCCUGUGCGCAGAGUUCGCCGACCAGAGGAUAGUGUUGGCUAGCACAAGGGAGUCUUUAGUUCAGACCCUGGCUUCGUUCGCCACGCAGCCGGCCACUAUGAGGGCUAUAGAGCGAGUGCCCAUCAAACAACAGAUGUGCAUGGUGGAGGAGCUGGUGCGCCCUUACCAGAACCGCGCGUGGGCGCAGUCCAACUGGGUGCUGGUCCGCUUCUGGCACGGCUCCGGGUUCGGAUUCCGGCACAGGCAGUGGCCGCAUCUUGCUGCCAGGUACGGCGACAGGGAGCCAACAGUUAACAACCUCGGUGCCAAAGUCGACGCGGGGCUUAUGAGUCAAUGUUUCGGUCCUUGUCCAUCGGAGGUGAUCCAGACCCGCAUCAAGGAGUACCUGACGAGCCACCCGACGCAGGCGGCCGCCUACCUCAACUCGCUGCUCAGCCAGCUCAACUGGGCCUUCUCCGAAUUCAUCACCAUGAUGCAAGAGAUGGACCGAGUAAGCGUGGAUGCCCACCUGGAGUCGCGUCAGAUCAAGCUGUGCGCGACCUGCUUCGACCUGUACCACGGGCUGGCGAGGGCUCUAGAGAUGACGCUCCACCUGGCGCCCACCCUGCUCACCAAGCCAGAGGCCUGCGACAACCAGAACGAACUGCUGCUUGGAAGGACUUGUCAGAUCCUAAUGGCCGUGGUAUCUCGCGUCUGCAUCAGAGGCGGAGGCGGUGCCAGUUUCGCUCGCCUCGUCGCCAGAGGCUUGCCAGACACUGACCGGGUGCACUACUAUGUCGCUCUGGCACCAGUGGCUGGCUGCCUCAUCAGGAUGCUGGAUCCCAAGCUGACGGCUGAACAUUUGGAACGAGUGACAAAGGCGCUUGUCACGGAGCCGCUGUUCAGAAUGGACGGACUCGACCUCAUGCUUGGGAAGACGAAAGAUCAUAAAGUUUUUUCUUUCUAUAAAUAUCCAGAUGACGUAACUAUGGAAGAACUAAAGGCUCUCGAGGUGGUGGCCGACCGGCUGCGGGUGGCUCGCGACACGCUCGUCAAGACCAAGUCCCCGGGCUCCAGCGGCGCGCAGUCAGACCUGCUGUGCACGAUCUGCUACGCGAGGCCCGCCGACACCGCCUUUGUGCCUUGUGGUCAUCAUUCUUGCAGAGCCUGUAUAAUGCAACACCUUCUAAACAGCAAGCAGUGCUUCUUCUGCAAAGCGGAAAUAGACUCAGUUCGCGAAAUAGAACCGGCCAACAACUGACGCCAUGUUGCUUCGUCACCAAACAAGAUGGCUGCCUUGACUGAGAAUGAAUCUGUGGGAACUAGAGCCACCCUACAUUGUUUUUAUAAAAUAAAGUAUGGAAAUAAUUUCUUGUAUGUAGAGACGGUAAUAAUUUGGAAUAUUUCUAAUAAAUUAUGUUUUAUUUAUUAAA